AGGAGGGAGAAUGAGAGCAGGCUGUUAGAUCUCUGGACUGGGACUGGGAAGAUUAGAGAAUAGUUUCUCUUCUCUUUGGGACUUGUUGUACGGUGAACCUCCAUUAAUGAAGUAUUACUGUUUCUGAAGCUCGUUUUACAGAGAAUUUACUAUUCCAUACCUGCAUUAAUCAAUCAUUGGUAUCAGAACGCGUUUGAUCGCUGGAUGAUCGUAACGCGCGCGAAAACGGAAAGUCGACUGACGUAAAUGGAAAGGAGUCAACGGUAGAUGCAAGCAAGUAUGGAAAGGAACCUGAGGGAGAUGCAACUUAAUUUGACGACGAACUUGGCAGAAAGUAUGGUAGCGAUGCAAGCUUCUAUGCAAGCAACGAUGGAAGCUAAUAUAGCAGAGUUACACAACAAACUAUGAGCUCGAUCGAGGAGUCACUCACAUCGAUCGAGUACUUCACAUCGCACAUCGCAUCACCGACAUACAAGGAACGAUGACGGUUCAGGAAGUUCAGAUGGUACAUCUCAUCCUACUGCUCCGCGACAAGGUUGCGAACAUCACCGAAGUCACAUGUAUCACAAUCUGGCAGAUCAGAAAAUUGAUUUACCUAUUUUUAAUGGAGAUGACGCUUUUGGAUGGUUAGUAAGGAUGAUAGAUAUUUUCGUCUGAACAAUACUGAGGAAGAACAUAUGAUUGAUGUGGCAGUUGUUGCGAUGGAGGAUCAGGCCUUGAGUUGGUUUCAAUGGUGGGAGGGCCAAGCUCGCCAUCAAACUAGAAGAGUUUCACCAGAGAUUUGACCAAACGUUUUCAACCGGACUUGGUGCAAAAUCCACUGGGACCAUUGUUUAGUCUGAAACAGAAGGAACCAAUAACAGACUAUAGGGACAAAUUUGAAGUAGCUAUAGACUCACAGGGACACUUGACUGAAGAGGUACUGAGGAGUGUUUCUAAAUAGACUAAAACGUGACAUAAGGGCUGAGUUAAAAUUGUAUCCUACAAGAACACUUGCUGAGAUCAUGGAUACAGCUUCACUGAUUGAAAACAAGAAUAACGAAGCAUCAAUCAUGAAAAGUAAAGAUGAGGGAAGGAAGAAAUGGUCAGGGAAAUCCAACAGUGAUCAACAGUUUCAAAAUUGGAAGGAUGUGAAUAAAUGGAAGAGUAAUCCAAACACCUCUGCAAUUUCUGGUAAGGGAGCCAGUGAGAGGAAGCCUGUUGAUGAGAUGAUUCAACCUAAUCAGAAGAGGACUGGUCCCAGAUUCUCUCAAAGUGAACUGACAGAAAGAAGUAGGAAGGGGUUGUGCUUUAAAUGUGGGGAGAAUUGGAAUAGGGGACAUGUGUGUAAAAUGAAGAACUACAAGAUGAUAUUGGUAGAAAAAUCAGAAGGUGAAAACGAGUCUAGAGAAGAGCUUAUAGAUUCUGAGGAGGAAAAAGAUGCACACCAGCAACUCAAAACGAUGCAAUUGUCAGUUUUGAGUAAAGAAGACAUUGCUUCUAUGAAAACUUUCAAGGUGAGAGGAGUUCUGAAGUGGGCAGGUGGUGAGAAGCUUGUAUAUAUUCUUAUUGACAGUGGUGCUACCCACAAUUUUAUAGCACAUAGUUUGAUUGAUAGGUGGCAAAUCCCUUUUACCCCUAUUCAAGGGUAUAAGGUACAAAUUGGGAAUGGAAAUUUCAUUCCUAAUAAGGGGAAAUGUACUGGAAUGCAGUUAGAGGUACAAGGAACUUUGAUUCAGCAAACUUUUUACAUGUUGGAGCUUGGUGUGACUGAUAUGGUUUUGGGAUUGGAGUGGUUGACUGAACUGGGCAACAUGGAUUUUAAUUUCCAGGACAAGGUAAUCAAAUGGAGGAAACAAGGACAAAUUUAUAUGAUUAAGGGAGAAACAACCUUGAACAAUAUGGAGGUUUCAAUGAAAACCAUGGCUCACAUUUUACAACAAACUGGGGAUGGUUUCUUAUUGUAUUCUGAAGGAGAAAUGAAUACCUUGGAACAGAAGGGAGAAGAAGAAUGGGAAAGAGUGGUGGCAGAAUUUCCAGAAGUUUUCACAGCACAGUUGAAGUUUCCUCCAGCUAGGGGUUGUGAUAAUGCUAUAAAUAUCAAGGAAGGGGCCAACAUCCCAAAUUUGAGACCUUAUAUGUAUUCUUUUGACCAAAAGAAUGAGAGAGAAAAUCAUUGAUGAAAUGCUGAAAUCUGGAAUAAUCAAACAUAGUAACAGUCCAUAUAGUAGUCCCGUUCUAUUAGCUAAAAAGAAGGACGGGGGUUGGAGGUUUUGUGGGGAUUAUAGGGCUCUAAACAAGGUUACUGUGCCUGACAAAUUUCCAAUUUCAGUCAUAGAAGAGAUUCUUGAUGAAUUGGGAAGAGCUAGAAUCUUUUCAAAAUUGGAUUUAAAGUCAGGUUAUCAUCAGAUCAGAAUGAAGGACAACGAUACUCGUAAGACUGCCUUCAGGACCCAUGAAGGGCAUUAUGAGUAUUUGGUCAUGCCAUUUGGGCUCACGAAUGCUCCUUCAACGUUUCAGGCUUUAAUGAAUGAAGUUUUGAGACCAUUUUAAAGAAAAUUUGCCUUAGUGUUUUUUUAUGAUAUUCUAGUUUACAACAAAACUAGGGAAGAACAUAAAGAACAUUUAAGGCAGGUUUUGGAGGUUUUAAAAAAGAAUGAUUUGGUGGCUAAUCAGAAGAAGUGUUCCUUUGGUCAAGGGAAGUUGAAUUAUUUAGGCCAUAUCAUUUCUGAAAAAGGAGUGGCAACUAACCCUACCAAAAUUGAGGGUAUGAAGAAUUGGGUUGUCCCCAAAGAUCUGAAGGGGUUGAGGGGUUUCUUGGGCCUAACUGGGUAUUACAGGAGGUUUGUGAAAAGUUACAGUAGAAUCGCUGCUCCACUCACAGUCCUUUUGAAGAAAGAUGGUUUCAAAUGGAAUGAAUUGGCCAACAAAGCUUUUGAAGAUCUGAAAACUGCUAUGAUCUUUGUACCAGUUCUCAGGAUCCCAAAUUUCAAUAAAUUGUUUGUGGUAGAAACUGAUGCCUCAGGGAAAGGUUUGGGGGCUGUUUUGAUGCAAGAAGGAGGGCCAAUUACAUAUAUGAGUAAAGAGCUGUCUCCAAGCAUUUAAAUAAAUCAGUAUAUGAGAAAGAAUUGAUGGUCAUUGUUUUUGCAAUACAAAAAUGGAAACCAUACUUACUGGGAAGGAGUUUUGAAGUCCAUACUGAUCAAAGAAGCCUGAAAUAUUUAACUGAGCAGAAAAUCAUGGGGGAGGAUCAACAGAAAUGGAUAGCAAAGCUUAUGGGUUAUAAUUUCAUCAUUAAGUAUAAACCCGGGUGUGAAAACAAGGUCGCAGAUGCUCUUUCAAGAAGGUUCAAUUUAUCUGCCCUAUCCAUAGUUACCUGUCAAGAGUGGAAUGGUCUAAGCUGAUUCUAAAUGUGGGGAUAUCAUACAGAAGGUACUCAGUCAGCCAGAUCAACAUAUGGAUUACAAACUGAAGGGAGGGUUGUUAUAUUACAAAGGGAAGCUGAUGUUACCUAAAGGAUCUGGAAGGAUCCUAACCAUCCUGAAGGAGUAUCAUGACUCAGCAGUGGGGGGCAUUCAAGCUGCUCAGGACUAUGAAAAGGAUAUCCAGUCUAUUCUUUUGGCCUGUAAUGAGAUCUGACAUCAAGGACUACAUACAAAGUUGUGAUAUUUGUCAAAGAAAUAAAUACCAGACCCUUAAACCUGCAGGUUUAUUGCAGCCAUUACCAAUUCCAGAGCACAUCUGAACAUAUAUAAGCAUGGAUUUUAUAGGUGGAUUACCUAAAUCCUAUGGGAAGGACACUAUAUUGGUGAUUGUGGAUAGAUUUACUAAGUUUGCUCAUUUUCUGCCCUUGUCACAUCCAUUUGAUGCUAAGGAAGUGGCUGAAGUUUUUGUUCAGGAGGUGGUCAGAAUUCAUGGAUUUCCCAAGUCUAUUGUCACUGAAAGAGACAACAUUUUUCUUAGCACUUUUUGGUCAGAGUUAUUUAAACUGGCAGGUACUCAGUUGAGGUAUAGUACUGCAUACCAUUCUCAGAGUGAUGGACAGACAGAAGUGGUAAACAGGUGUGUGGAAACUUACUUGAGGUGUGUAACUCGAAGCAAACCUAAGCAAUGGGUGAAAUGGUUACCUUGGGUUAAAUUUUGGUACAAUACAAAUUACCAUAUCUCUCUCAAAAAUACUCCUUACCAAGCCUUAUUUGAACAGGAUCCUCCUGCCAUAAUAAGAGGAGAUGUGAGUUUAACCGCUGUAGCUGAGGUAUCUAGACCGACAGUUGAGAGAAAUGAGAUAUUGAAGGAAUUAAAAGAAAAUUUGGCUAGAGCUCAAAAUUUGAUGAAACAACAAGCUGACAAACACAGAAGGGAAGUGGAGUUGAAGGUUGGAGAUCAAGUGUUCCUGAAAAUACAACCCUACAAAAUAAGGAGUUUGGCAAGAAGGAUCAAUCAAAAACUUAGUCCCGGGUUUUAUGGUCCUUAUGAAAUCAUAGAGAAGCUGAAUUUUGUGGCUUUCAAACUCAAGCUGCCAAGUGAUUGUAGAAUACAUCCCGUAUUCCACAUUUCAUUACUUAAGAAGGUGUUGAAACCUAAUGUCCACUAUCAAGAACUUCCUAGGUGUGUUACAGAAGAAUGUGAAAUACAAGUGCAACCUGAGGAGAUUAAAGAAGUCUGAACGAAUCAAAAAGGGAAGAGGGAACUCCUGAUACAUUGGCAAGAACGAAUCAAGGGUCUUCUGGAGUUUGAGCACUCAUGGGAAGAAGAACAAAUAAUCAAAGAACAAUUCCCAGAUUUCCAACUUGAGGGCAAGUUGGAUUUUCAGGAGGAGAGUAUUGAUAGAGACACGUGUGCAUCUAGCAAGAAGGAUAGAUACUAUGGUCAAGUUUAUUCUAGGAGGAAUAAAUAGACUAGUGGUUUGUUAGUUACUUUCAUUUAAAUAAUUGUAACUACUUUCAGUUAGUCGAGGGUCUAUAAAUGGAAUAAGGAGGGAGAAUGAGAGGCUGUUAGAUCUCUGGACUGGGAAGAUUAGAGAAUAGUUUCUCUUCUCUUUGGGACUUAUUGUACGGUGAACCUCCA